AAGGAUCCCAACUCCAAUAAAGCAGCCGUCUCCAGCCCCUUCCUUUCCCAUGGCCGCCCCGUCGCGGCACACGACUCCUUCCUCCGUUCUCCCUUCUCAUCUCCCGUAACCAUCAGUCAUUUUUCUUCUUCUGCCUCUCCUCUCGUUUCUCCUCGCCUUGAGCCAUUUCACCGAAGUCAAGCUGCAAUGGACGGGGAAGGCGAAGAGGAGCACUUGGUGGAGGAAAGGGAGGUGGAAAUGGUGGCCUUCACCGGCCCCCGCAAACCCGUCUACAGAAAAGGUUGCUUCUUGAGGCCCCUCGGUGUUCCAUUUUUCCCUCCGAGGCGUAAAAGGCCCUCCUUUGUUCAUCUCGAUGAUUCCAUGGUGGUCUUCAAUGGGUGGGCGUCCGUGUCGCCUAAGUGGAAUCAGUGGGUUGACAAGCUGCGGCCCAUUUAUGGCGUGUUAUGGAAGAAAGUUGGAAUCUUUGAUGCGAUACACGCAUCUACCUACAGGAUCAGGAGAGACUCGUCUUCAAUUUUGGCGAUCUCAGCGUCUUGGUGCGGGGAUACCAGCACGUUCAUCUUCCCCUGGGCGGAGGUCACUGUUACAUUGGAGGAUGUGAUGAUUCUUGGGGGCUUUCCGGUGGCCGGCGAGCCCAUAAGGGGCCCUUUGCACGGGGAGCUCAAAGAGAUCGAGGUGCAAAUGACGGCUGAGCGCAAAAGUUUCAGUCGGUCCCCAAGCAAAAGGCCUAAUCAUAAUCAGUGGAUGAUGCGUUACAUGGAGUGCGAAGGUGACGAGUUAGAGCACAUUGCGUUUCUUGCGUUAUGGCUGUCAAGGUUCGUCUUCCCCGCUCACGCUUUCAAGACUGUGACGCAGAGCGUGCUUCCUGUGGCCAUUAGACUGGCACGAGGCGCGAGGAUCGCCCUUGCGCCUGCGGUGCUUGCAAGCCUCUAUCGAGACUUGGGGAAGGUGAAGGAUUAUUUAGCCGACAGAGGUAGGCAAAAGGUGUCAUCUUUGGUCAUAUGGGCUCCUUUCAAUCUACUUCAGCUGUGGAUUUGGGAGCACUUUGUGGCCUUGAGGCCUGCAGGGCUAAAUGAAGUCAACGACUGUGAACCGAGAGCAGCAAGAUGGCAUAACGUCGGAAAGAAACUCAAGCUGGCAUUAUUGCGUUCAGUUCUUGAAUCGCCUAAUGAGUUCCAGUGGCGUCCUUACACUGUUGGUUUGAGGAAUUGGCACAAACCAUGUUUCUACAAGGACAAGGGGCUGUGGAUUCAUAGCGUUGAAACCCCAGGUGUGAGAACUAGCCCCAGUUCUAGCUGA